AUGCGUUCCAACAACCUUUUGUUGCUCGCCGGUUUGGCGAGCUACGGUGUCGCCCUUCCCACUGCUGACCUGGAAACCCGUACCUUCGGUCUCAUCCCCGGUAUCGUGUCUGGUGUCGCCCAUGAUUUGACCGGUCUCAUCGGACUUCUCCUCGGCGAAGGUGGCCAAACUCCCGCCACCAUCCUUUCCGGUAUCAGCGCUCGGGCAGCUGCGGCCCUGGAAGGUGGUGCUCUGGGAUGCAAGGCUGGUGACAUCCAUGCUCAUGCCCGUGCUGAGUUGGCCGCCUGGGUUCGCGCCCACGCCGAACUUGAGCUUGAGGCCUCUCUGAAAACCGCCCUCUUGGACUGGUGUGACGGUGAGGAAUCCGCCACCCUGUCCGUGGGCACCUGCGCCGGUCUCUCGCUCUUCAUCCCCACCUGUGCCGACAUCGCUGCUAAGGGCGAUCUGUACGUUACCAUCGACGGUAUCUUCUCCACCUCCGAGCUUGCCGCCGAAGUCGUCCUCAACGCCUCUGCUCAGACUCACCUGUCUGCUUUUAUUAAGGGCUCUAUUGGUGCCGCCCUUGAUGCUAAGAUCAAGGCUGGUCUCGGCCUUUGCGCUGGUGGCGGUGUUGUCACCGACCUGUCGGCGGACAUCAAGGCUGCCCUGAAGGCCUGGCUCCACGGUUCCGACUGCUCUCUGAGCGUCUCCCUGAAGGCCUCCGUGAUCGCUUGGUUGGAGGGCAAGCUCGAGGGCGACGUCGUUCACCUGGGCUCUCUCCCCACCGGUGGCAUUGCCACCAUCUCUGCCGGUGCUGCGGUCGAGGCUCUUAUCGAGGAGAGCGGUGCUCUUGCCGCUAGUGCCCAGGCCUCCCUCGCUGCCUUCCUCAAGUCCGAUGUCUCCGUCAACCUCGAGGCCGAUAUCGAAACCGCUCUCAACCUCUGCAUCAAGGGAGGCCUCGCCUCCAGCCUCGACAUCGAGGUCCGCACUGCUCUGGCCAUCUGGCUCUCCGGUUCCAGCUGCCGUCUUGGAGCUGAGCUCAAGUCUGUCCUCAUCCUCUGGCUCUCGUUCGGCGUCUCUGGUGACGUCUCUAUCGACAUCCACUCCGGCAUCAUCACUGAGCUCACUUCUUUCCUGGAGGGCACCGUUGAGACCACCCUUGGUGGUAGCAUCCGUGGCAUCAUCUCUCUUCUCAUCUCUGGCGAGAGCUUCAUCAACCUCUCUCUUGAGGCUCGUGCCCAGCUCGUCGCCAUCUGCGGUGGUGCCGCCAGCGUUGAGAUCGACAGCCACAUCCAGCUCAUCCUCAUUGGCAUCAUUUCCGGCUGCGACACCGGUGCCGGCACUGGCACCAACACCGGCUCUUCCUCCUCGGGUGUCCCCAGCAUCCCUGCUGUUACUCCUUCGGGCUCUUCUCCCGUCAUCCCCGGUGCUUCUUCCACCGCUGGCGUCCCUGGAGUCUCCACCCCUGGCGUUCCUCAGGGCCCUGCUCCCACCGGCACCGCCCCUGCUGGCGGCGACGUCCCCUCCGGCACCGCUCCCGUCGAGGCCACCUCCACCCCCUGUGACACCCUGACCUCCCAGAACGUUGUCCCUAUCGUCACCGGCUCCGACAGUGUGCCCACUGGUACCGCUCCCGUGAACCAGCCUGCUCCCUCUGGCACCGCUCCUUCCGGUGGUGAUGUCCCCUCUGGCACCGUCCCCGCUGGUGGCAAUGUUCCCACUGGCACCGCCCCCGCUGGUGGUGAGGUCCCCUCUGGCUCCGUUCCCUCUGGCCCUGCCCCCUCUGGUACUGCCCCCUCCGGUGGUGAGGUCCCCACUGGCACUGCCCCCGCUGGCGGCAACGUCCCCUCUGGCACUGCCCCUGCUGGUGGCGACGUCCCCUCCGGCACCGCUCCCGUCGAGGCUACCUCCACCCCUUGUGACACCCUGACCUCCCAGAACGUUGUUCCCAUUGUCACCGGCUCCGACAGUGUUCCCACUGGCACCGCUCCCGUUAACCAGCCUGCUCCUUCCGGCACCGCUCCUUCCGGUGGUGAUGUCCCCUCUGGCACCGUCCCCGCUGGUGGCAACGUUCCUUCUGGUACCGCCCCUGCCGGUGGUGAGGUCCCCGUCCCCAGCGGCGGUGCCUCCACUACCCCCUGUGACACCCUGACUUCCGAGACUGUCUACCCCAUUGUCACCGGCUCCGAGGGUGUCUCCACUGGUACUGUCCCUGCUGGCGGUGAUGUUCCCGCUCCUACCGGCACUGGCCCCAGCGGUGUCAGCCCUACCGACUCCGCUAGUGUUCCUGAGGGACCUGCCCCUACUGGUACCGCUCCCGGCGGUGGUGAGGUCCCCGCCCCCAGCGGUGGUGCUUCCUCUACCCCUUGUGACACUCUGACUUCCGAGACUGUUGUCCCUAUCGUCACCGGCUCUGAGGGUGUGCCCACCGGCACUGCUCCCGUCAACCAGCCUGCCCCCUCCGGCACUGUCCCCGCCGGUGGUAACGUUCCCUCGGGCACUGCCCCUGCUGGCGGUAACGUUCCUUCUGGUACCGCCCCCGCCGGUGGUGAGGUCCCCGUCCCCAGCGGUGGUGCUUCCUCUACCCCUUGUGACACUCUGACUUCCGAGACUGUUGUCCCUAUCGUCACCGGCUCCGACAGUGUUCCCACUGGUACCGCUCCCGUGAACCAGCCUGCUCCUUCCGGCACUGCUCCUUCCGGUGGUGAUGUCCCCGCCCCCUCUGGCACUGUCCCCGCUGGUGGCAACGUCCCCUCCGGCACCGCUCCCGUUGAGGCUACCUCCACCCCUUGUGACACCCUGACCUCUCAGAACGUUGUCCCUAUCGUCACCGGCUCUGAGGGUGUGCCCACUGGUACCGCUCCCGUGAACCAGCCUGCUCCCUCUGGCACUGCCCCCGCUGGCGGUGAUGUCCCCGCCCCCUCUGGUACCGCUCCUGCUGGCGGCGACGUCCCCUCCGGCACUGCCCCCGUUGAGGCCACCUCCACCCCCUGUGACACCUUGACCUCGGAGAACGUUGUCCCCAUUGUUACCGGCAGCGACUCUCCCGCCCCCACCGCCCCCGCUGAGCAGCCUGCUCCUUCCGGCACUGCUCCCGCCGGCGGUGAUGUCCCUGCUCCCAGCGGCGGUGCCUCCAGCACCCCUUGCGACACUCUGACCUCGGAGAACGUUGUCCCCGUUGCCACCAAGACCGAUGCUCCCGCCCCCAGCGGCCCCACCGGUGUCUCUCCCGAGAUCACCACGGCCCCUGUGCCCGCUGCCAGCUCCGGCCCUGGCCCCAAGGUGGUCACCAUCACCACCACCGUCAGCGUCUCCGCCUGUGAGCUCUAA